CAUAGCUUUGCUGCACUCUAUUUGGCACAAUCCAACCCAGAGAGACGUCAGUGGAAAGACUGUAAGGACUGGAACAAUAUGAAGCUGAGCAGUGUCUAUCGCUCCUCUAGUUUUAUCUUUGCAAGUUUCAUUUUUUGCUGUGUUUGGAGUGUGAAUGGAGACUACUGUGAGGUGAACUUGUGCCAUAAUGGAGGGACGUGUGUGACUGGUGUAGGAGAGGAAACUUUUGUCUGUAUCUGUGCUGAAGGAUUUGCAGGAGAGACCUGUACUGCCAAGGAAAAUGGUCCAUGCAGCCCAAAUCCGUGCAAAAACGAUGGCGAGUGUGAGGUGAUUGCAAACUCCAGACGGGGAGACGUUUUUAAUAACUAUGUUUGCAAAUGCCAGUCUGGCUUUGAAGGCGUCAACUGUCAAAUAAAUGUGAAUGACUGUGAUAACCAACCUUGUAAGAACGGAGGCAUAUGUCGUGACCUGGAUGGAGACUACAUGUGCCAUUGCCGUUCUCCCUAUGUAGGGAAGCAAUGCCAGCUAAGCUGUAUCUCUUUAUUAGGAAUGGAGGAAGGGGGAAUUGUCGAAUCCCAGAUCUCUGCCUCUUCGGUUCACUUUGGCAUUUUGGGAUUGCAGCGCUGGGGACCUGAGCUUGCGCGCCUCAACAACCAGGGUUUUGUCAAUGCUUGGAGUUCUGACCCCAGUGACAAGAACCCUUGGCUUGGGAUCGAUCUACAGAAGAAGAUGCGCCUGACCGGCAUUAUCACACAGGGAGCCAGUCGCAUGGGUACGGCUGAGUUUGUCAAGUCCUUCAAAGUGUCGUCCAGUUUCGAUGGCAAAACCUUCACGUUAUACAGAGUUGCGGGACAAAAGAAAGAAAAGGUGUUUAUUGGGAACACUGAUAAUGACAGCAGCAAGACGAACCUGUUUGAUCCACCGAUUGUGGCUCAGUACAUUCGCAUCAUCCCUGUGGUGUGCCGCAAAGCAUGCACACUGCGCCUGGAGCUGGUUGGCUGUGAACUCAAUGUUAACUCCAAUGCUGUAAGCUGCGCUGAGUCUCUGGGUAUGAAAUCUCGUCUUAUCUCAGACACCCAGCUGUCGGCUUCCAGUGCUUUCCGCACCUGGGGCAUAGAUGCGUUUACAUGGCUUCCGCACUAUGCUCGCUUGGACAAGCAGGGCAAAACCAACGCCUGGUCCCCUGCCAUCAACAACCGCACCGAGUGGCUUCAGGUGGACCUGGAGAAGCCAAAAAAAAUCACAGGCAUCAUCACUCAGGGAGCAAAAGACUUUGGCACUGUGCAGUUUGUGUCUGAAUUUAAGAUCGCAUACAGCGAUGAUGGUCAGUCAUGGAGCAUUGUAAAAGAUGCAAAAAACAAGGCAGACAAGAUCUUCCAAGGCAACAUUGACAACAAUACACACAAAAAGAACUUGUUCGAGCUACCUUUCCUUGCCCGCUUCGUGCGCUUCUUGCCUUGGGAUUGGCACGAACGCAUCACUUUAAGGAUGGAGCUGUUGGGCUGCGAUGCUUAAAAAUCACGAAGAGGAUUCUGGCUCGUUCGUCUGAUCGUGUGCGAUUUCUCUGCACGUACGCAGUCACUAGGUGUUAAUGGUUCAGCGAAGAAUAUAGAAUAAAUUCUACUGACUGGAGCUUACGGUUUAUUUAGAAUGAUAAAAUGUUGUCAUUUGUUUUGGUAUCUGUUACUAAUAUAUCUAGAUUAAUACUUGCACUAUUUUGUGAUUUUUUUGAUAUCCCAUGCAGUAUCCUGGUCCCCUGAUGUCCAUACUUUUUUCUCUUAUGAUUUUGGAUAAAGACUAUGUGUAGUCAGGGAAUGUGCAAUAAAGAAGUAGAAUCAGCAUGAAUACUAAAAUGUAAAGGAUUACGCUCUAGAAAUUGAGGCAAAUCAAAACUUAAUUUGUUGGUAAAAAUUAAAUUGUCCCAAUACUACAUCACACUGGUUUGAUUCUGCAUGCAUUUUUUAAGUCCAAUCUAAUUCUAAUGAGUUUGCUUUGUAUUUACAGUAGAGUAUGUACAACAACCAAAUUUAUACAGAAGUGUAGAACAUUGUUUUGCUUUUUUUACUUUUUAUAAAAAAAAUAAAAAAAUACACUGUAUGUUUCCCAUUAACAGUCAGUCAUAAUAAAUGGUUCAAGAAUU